UGGAGAGAGUGGUGCAGGGAAAACUGAGAGUACGAAGUUAUUGUUGCAGCACAUAAUGAACCUAUGCAAAGGCAACUCGCAGCUGGAGCAGCAGAUCCUUCAGGUAAAUCCAUUGCUUGAAGCUUUUGGUAAUGCCCAGACUGCGAUGAAUGACAACAGCAGCCGCUUUGGAAAAUACAUACAGCUGCGUUUCCAUAAAAAUACAGUUCAAGGUGCAAAGCUGAGUGAGUACCUGUUGGAGAAGUCUCGGGUAGUGCAACAAGAUGCUGGGGAGAGGAAUUUCCACAUCUUCUACUACAUGUUUGCUGGACUGUCUUCAGAGGAAAAGGAGAUAUAUGGGCUGUUGGAUCCUUCACUUUACAGGUACGUAAGCGGACGAUUUGGUACACAGGACACAGCUCAGCGCUGGAAGCACAAAUACAAAGAGGUGUGCAAUGCCCUUGACAUGGUGGGCUUCCAGGAACAGGAGCAAGUGGACAUGCAGGCUAUCUUAGCUGGUGUGUUGUCUCUGGGAAAUGUGACCUUUGAGCCUGAGGAAAGCAAUGGGUCUGCAAAAGUGAGUGAAGCCUCCCGGGGAUGGCUGAAGGUUGCAGCGGGUCAGUUUGGAGUCCAAGAAGAUGAACUGUUAAAAUGCCUUAUUUGUACAAUGUCUGUGACCCGAGGUGAACAGAUUCAGCGUUUUCACACCCAGCAGCAAGCAGAAGAUGCUCGGGACUCCAUUGCAAAGGUGGCUUAUGGACGAGUAUUUGGCUGGAUUGUUUGCAAGAUCAAUGAGCUGUUGGCUGAGAAUGUGGAUUCUGAGGUGGAAUUGAGGGAGAUAGGCAUCUUGGAUAUUUUUGGUUUUGAAAACUUUGCAGUGAAUCGUUUCGAACAGUUUUGCAUAAACUUGGCCAAUGAGCAGCUGCAGCACUUCUUCAACCAUCACAUUUUCCAACUGGAGCAGGCUGCUUAUAAGGAAGAAGAUCUGCCUUGGGAGACUAUCACAUUCAACAAUAAUGAACCUGUUCUGGAUCUGCUCCUGGCUAAGCCGCUUGGACUCCUGUCCCUUCUGGAUGAGCAAAGUGCUUUCCCACAGGCAACUGAUAAAACGUUUGUGGAUAAACUAAACAGCAGCUUCAAGGGGAACUUACACUUCCAGCCAGGCCGAGGCCGUGUUUUAGCCUUCAGCAUCAUUCACUAUGCUGGGAAAGUACAGUAUACUGCCAAAGGCUUUCUAGAGAAGAACAGAGACACCUUGCCAGCCAAUGUUCGUGGGCUCUUCGUCAACAGCAUCACCCCCUUGCUUAGUGUCCUGUUCAAAGCCACUAUCUCCAGGACAGGGACACUGAUGCCUCAUGUGAAAGCCAAGGUCACAGUAGAAGCAGACAACAAGUUUAACAGCACACGAAAACAGUCUGCCGGCGCUCAGUUCCGGCAUUCUCUGAUGGUGCUCAUGGAGAGGAUGUAUUCUGCCAACCCGCACUUUGUGCGCUGUAUAAAGCCCAACAGCCAGAAGGAGCCGGGUGUGAUGGACAGCCAGGUGGUUCUGCAGCAGUCGACUCCUUUUGAUAACUUCUUGGACCCUUCUGCACCUCGACCUGUUCUGGGAACAGAGGAACAGACUGGAGAAGAGGCAGAAAUGAGGAAACUCAAGAGAGGAGCAACGCUUCGCUGGUUCAAAGAGACACAGGCCCAGAAGGUCAUGCAGGAUGAUGGAGCCUUUCCAAGCUGGCUGUAUGGGAUGAUCAGCCGGAGGGAAGCCGAAAACCUGCUGAUUGACAAGCCUUUGGGUUGCUUCCUUGUUCGGAUCAGCCAGAGCCGACCAGGCUACACCUUGACAUACAGGGGUGAGGACCGCUGCAGACACUACCUGAUUGAGAUGCAGCCCAAUGCACGCUAUGUCAUCCUGGGGGAAGACCGGGCUCAUGCCUCACUCACCAAACUGGUUCAGUAUCACCAGACUGUGGGCAUCCAGCCCUUCAUGGAAAAACUGACUGUUCCCUGUGGGCAGAAAAGUAGCGAGAGUUUGGAUUAUGAAGAUCUGGAGUCCCUCACACUGAGCCACACAACAGUCAAGGGAGAGACCCCUCCAGAGGAGCAGCCCUGCCCCUCCAGGUCUUCCACCAGCAGGCCUGCUCUGCAGUCAGGAGCAGCCGCAGCUCUCAAAAGCAUGUGGUUCAGGAGGACUAAGAAUUGCCCAAAACAGAGCUUUGAUGAGAGCAGGACAAAGCCAAGCUCAGGCAAGGAGAAAGGCAGUGAACGAGCCUUCCCUCGCCUUCACUCUUCCAUACGCCUGGUGAUGCAGGAAAUCCAGCAG